AUGCCGCAACAACUUGCGCCGAAAGAAGCGGCGCAGUUCCGGCAAGUCAUCCGCAGCUACGAAGAUAAGCAGUAUAAACGUGGGCUCAAGACGGCAGACCUCAUAUUGAAGAAAAAUCCAAAGCAUGGAGACACAAUGGCCAUGAAAGCUCUGAUCCUCAACAGCCAAGGGAAAACUGAUGAAGCAUUUGCGCUGGCUAAGGAGGCGUUGACCGCUGACAUGAAAUCGCAUAUCUGUUGGCAUGUCUAUGGACUUCUCUAUCGAGCGAACAAGAAUUUCGAAGAAGCAAUUAAGGCAUACAAGUUUGCCCUGAAACUGGAACCCGAGUCGACGCAGAUCCAGCGAGAUUUGGCCAUUCUCCAAAUUCAGAUGCGGGAUUACCAAGGGUACAUUCAAAGUCGAAAUGCUAUGCUGCAAGCUCGCCCGCAACUGCGCCAGAGUUGGACGGCCCUUGCCAUCGCCAACCACCUUGCCGGUAACCUCUCCGAAGCCGAAAACGUCCUGACCACGUACGAAGGGACUCUCAAAACGACCCCGUCGCGAAACGACAUCGAGCACUCUGAAGCUGUCAUGUACAAAAACUCGUUGAUUGCUGCGCAAGGAGACUAUGAGCGUGCCUUGGAGCAUUUAAACACUGCUUGCAAGCAUAAUCUCGAUCGCCUUGCUGUGAUGGAGAGUAGAGCAGAAUUUCUGGCUAAAUUAGGUCGCAACGAAGAAGCUGCUGCUGCCUAUCGAGCCCUUCUGGAUCGAAACUCCGACCACGCAGUGUAUUACGAGAAGUUGGCGUCUGCAUUAAAUAUCCCCCAAAACGAUUUGAGGGCACGAAAAGCGCUGUAUGAUGAGUAUUCGGAAAAGUUCCCUCGUUGUGAUGCAGCCAAACGAAUUCCCUUGGAUUUUUUAUCUGGUGAUGAAUUUGGUCAAGCCGCUGAAGCCUAUCUCACACUGAUGUUCAACAAGGGAGUUCCCUCCACUUUUGCAAACUUGAAGCACUUGUACUCUGAUUCAACCAAGAAAGGCUGCCUCGCCUCUCUUGCGGAAAAAUAUUUGCAGUCUGAGUCCACCUCGUCAACCAGCAAAGAUAAAGGAGAAGCUGCAGCGCUCUACUUCUUAGCACAGCACUACAACUACCAUCUCAGCCGAGAUUUGACAAAAGCCAUGAGUUACAUCGAAAAAGCCAUCGAAAAGGACCCCAAGAGCGUUGAUUUUCACAUGACAAGGGCAAGAAUUCUAAAGCACGGCGGUGAAAUUGAGAAAGCCUCGGAGAUGAUGGACAUUGCACGAAAACUUGACCUGAAGGAUCGGUACAUCAACAGCAAGGCCGCAAAGUAUCAGCUUCGAAAUAAUGAAAAUGAACGCGCGCUCAAGACAGUCGGUCUGUUCACACGGGCGGAUACGGUCGGUGGCCCUUUGGCAGAUCUUUUGGAUAUGCAAUGCGUCUGGUAUCUUACAGAGGAUGGAGAGUCUUAUGCUAGACGAGGAAACAUCGGCCUCGCCCUCAAACGAUUUCACGCUGUAGCCAACAUUUUCGAUGUUUGGCAAGAAGAUCAGUUCGAUUUUCACUCCUUCUCCCUAAGAAAGGGCCAGAUCCGAGCUUACGUUGAGAUGAUUCAAUGGGAGGACCAUGUUCGCGACCACCCGUUUUAUGCGCGUGCUGCGCUUGAUGCUAUCAAUUUGUAUGUGGAGAUGUCAGACAAGGCGUCCGCCAACGGGGUUAACGGUGUGAGCGAUGAAAAUGGAGAUGAUGCAUUGGCGAAGAAGAAGGCUGCCAAAAAGGCAAAGAAAGAGCUUCAACGGCUGGAGAGAGAGGCGGCCGAUAAGCAAGCUAAACAGGAUCCGAACAAAGGUGGCCAGGUUGGCGACGCCAAGAAGAAGGAUGAUGACCCGUUGGGACUGAAGCUUGCUGCCACCAGCGAACCUCUCAGCGAGGCCAUGAAAUUUCUCAGCCCGCUGCUGCAAGCGUGCCCUAAGAGCAUUGACGCUCAGCACGCAGGUUUUGAGGUUUAUAUCCGUCGACGAAAACUCAUCCCAGCCUUGCGAUGCCUGAAACUUGCUGUGGCUAUCGAUCGGUCGAACUCCAAGACUAAGGCGCAAGUUUCGACCUUUGAAACCGCUUUGACGUCGGCAUCUGAUUUGCCACAAAAGUUGUCAGAAGUAUUGACUGCCGAAUUCAAAGCUCUGUGA